AUGUCGAGUCAACCUCUGCUUCAGACCGCUCCUGGCAAGCGCAUUGCUCUCCCCACUCGCGUCGAGCCCAAGGUCUUUUUCGCCAACGAACGUACCUUUCUCUCAUGGUUGAACUUUACCGUCAUUCUCGGCGGUCUCGCCGUCGGUCUGCUCAACUUUGGUGACCGUAUUGGCCGCAUUUCCGCCGCCCUGUUCACCAUUAUCGCCAUGGCGGCGAUGAUCUACGCCGUCGUCACGUUCCAUUGGCGUGCGCAAAGUAUUCGUCGUCGGGGUCAGAGUGGAUUUGAUGACCGCUUCGGUCCUACCGUCCUGGCCGUUGCACUGUUGGCCGCGGUUGUGGUGAACUUUAUCCUGCGCAUGCGGGAUAACGAGUUUAACUAG